UCGAGCACUGUGCUGCAGCCGCUGACACUGUCACACAAACAAAGCAAGCAUGGCUGAAACAGGUGUGCCCCCGGUGCCCACCCCAGCUGCUAUGUCCUACCCUUCAGCCACGCUCACUUUGCCCACCGGUGCCGAGGUGCUCAGGACCUACUCUGGAGCCUUCAUCUGUCUGGAAAUUAUAUUUGGUGGACUUGUUUGGAUUCUGGUGGCUGCUUCUAACGUUCCGGUACCGGUUGUACAAGGAUGGGUGAUGUUUGUUUCAGUCACUGCAUUUUUCUGUUCCAUACUGUAUCUGUGUGUCUUCAUCUGCGGCCUGGUCAAUAGGAUUCACACCAACUGGAAUUUUAUGGAUGUGGCUUACCAUUUCUUAGCAUUUCUAUUCUACUUUGGGGCGUUUGUCCUGGAAGCUGCUGUCACCACUUUAGCAAAUCUCAUGAAGAAUGAAAACUCUACCGUCAUCAGACUUGAUAACCGCAGGCUUGGACUGAACGUAGCUGCUACGAUAUUUGCUUUCGCCACCACUGUUUGCUACGGGUGCAGCAUGGUUCUGGGAUUUCGGAGGUGGAGACCAUAGGCUACAUGAAGCUUAACCAGUACCAAAAAGUGAGAUCUCAAUGGACAUAAGGUGAAAGAAAAAGAAUACAAUCUAGUUUGCUGCAGCCAACAGAAUGAACAUACGUCCAGGGCGAUCGGCAAAGAA